GCCUGCCUCUGGUUCACCAUGUGGGCGCGCCCUGGCUGCGCUCUCACACGGGACGGAGACCGUGCAGGGCGCGGCUGGGGGUCAGGCGCUGACCAGAUGGGCCGCUGGCCUGCUGGCCAGGCUUGUCACUCCAGGAAGGCUUCCUAGAAGAGGGCACCUGGAAUGUGCUGUGUGUUCUGCAAGAAGCCGGAGCUGGGGCCCAAGGAGGACAUUACCCUGGACGGGGACCAUGGGGGCCAGGGGGCCACAGAUCGCUAUGGCCCUGACCCCACGCAGGCCCAGCCCGUACCCGCCUGUGCUCACACCCUCAAGAACAGCAGCUUGUCCCCUCAGCCCGCCAGCCCUGCCUUCCUCGGGGGCACCGUCAGGGGCAUCACAGGCACAGGGGUGACCCUGUUCGUCGCCCUGUAUGCCUACGAGGCCCGGACAGAGGACGACCUCACUUUUGCCAAGGGCGAGAGGCUCCAGGUCCUGAGCACCACUGAAGGUGACUGGUGGGAGGCCCGGUCUCUCAGCUCCGGACAGACCGGUUACAUCCCCAGCAACUACGUGGCCCCUGAGGACUCCAUCCAGGCUGAGGAGUGGUACUUCGGGAAGAUCGGAAGGAAGGAUGCAGAGAGACAGCUGCUCUCACCGGGCAACCCCCAGGGUGCCUUUCUCAUUCGGGAGAGUGAGACCACUAAAGGGGCCUACUCCCUGUCCAUCCGUGACUGGGACCAGGCCAGAGGCGACCACGUGAAGCAUUACAAGAUCCGCAAGCUGGACACGGGCGGCUACUACAUCACCACGCGGGCGCAGUUCCCCUCGGUGCGGGAGCUGGUGCAGCACUACGUCGAGGUGAAUGACGGGUUGUGCCACCUGCUCACCGCGGCCUGCACCACCACGAGGCCGCAGACACUGGGCCUGGCCAAGGACGCCUGGGAGAUCAGCCGCAGCUCCAUCGCGCUGGAGCGCCGUCUGGGCACGGGCUGCUUUGGGGAAGUGUGGCUGGGCACGUGGAACGGCAGCACCAAAGUGGCGGUGAAGACGCUGAAGCCGGGCACCAUGUCCCCCGAGGCCUUCCUGGAGGAGGCGCAGGUCAUGAAACAGCUGCGGCACGACAAGCUGGUGCAGCUGUACGCGGUGGUAUCGGAGGAGCCCAUCUACAUCGUGACGGAGUUCAUGUGCCACGGUAGCUUGUUGGAGUUCCUCAAGGACCAGGCGGGCCAGGACUUGGGCCUGCCCCAGCUGGUGGACAUGGCAGCCCAGGUGGCCGAGGGCAUGGCCUACAUGGAACGCAUGAACUACAUCCACCGCGACCUGCGGGCAGCCAACAUCCUGGUGGGCGAGCGACUGGCAUGCAAGGUGGCGGACUUCGGGCUGGCACGUCUCAUCGAGGACGACGAGUACAACCCCCGGCAAGGGGCCAAGUUCCCCAUCAAGUGGACAGCCCCCGAGGCUGCUCUCUGGGGCCGGUUCACCGUCAAGUCGGACGUGUGGUCCUUCGGUGUCCUGCUCACGGAGCUGGUCAGCAGGGGCCGGGUGCCCUACCCAGGCAUGAACAACCGGGAGGUGCUGGAGCAGGUGGAGCUUGGCUACCACAUGCCCUGCCCCCCGGGCUGCCCAGCGUCCCUGUACGAGGCCAUGGAGCAGACCUGGCGCCUGGAGCCCGAGGAGCGGCCGACCUUCGAGUACCUGCAGUCCUUUCUGGAGGACUACUUCACGUCCACAGAGCCACAGUACCAGCCCGGGGACCAGCCGUAGCUCUCCGGCCCACCCGCUGCUCAGGGUACCUGCAGCAUUGCCUGGCCCCAGGGCCCUAGUCCCAGUGCUCCCAGGCUUAGAGCCCUGGGAGCCUGGCCGUUGUCAGAGGAGGCAGCUGCUCACCCACUCUGGCCCUCGCUCUCCUUCCCACUAGACCCCUCGUGCCCAGCCUCGUCCUCCCUCUCUGAAAACGUUCGGGCCUCGUUGAGUCAUUUAUGAAGCCGGCGCGCCCUCCCUCACACUGCUCUCUUCUCUUCCGGCCAUCCCGCUCCGGCCCUGCCCUGAGAACUGACUUCCGCCUCUUGGGUCUCUAGUGUCUGCGAGUCACAGAGCAGAGCGUCCUGGCUGGACACUUUCCAGCUGGGUGGAGGCUGAGGCCCCCUUUAGGGAGAGCGUUACUGGGGGCUCACAUCCCCGAACAGCGUUUGCGGUUUUGACUCAGUAAAUAAGGAUGAGCCCGGA